AGCAUCGGUCUUCAUCAGUUCCACCCGAGUAGAACAAGGACUCCUUCGAUAUCACCACACAACAAGGAGGAAAAACAACCAAAAAUGAAAACAACUUAUACCUUUGUUGACUGUCUGAAAUAAAGCGCAUCGCGCGAUAGACAGAAAAAGCUUCGACGUUUUCAGCUCGUAGAACUUUUUUCCAAAAUAUAUUACAUCCGCCAAGAUGGCGCCCGCACCACCGCAGACCAUUCACUACGACAACAGCGCGGAUCAAGAGGAAGAUGGGUCUUAUUGGAUCGGGCCCGAGCGAAAGCCGGAUGAAUCCAAAUCCGAUGGACCGAUUGAGUGGAAGGGACCAGCGGGACAAGCGUAUUUUUGUUUUUGAUAUGAUUGGAGUUGUGGAUGUGGUUGUUUCGUUUGUUGCGUUGCGUUUAUCUCAGGAGGUUCUUGCGUACGUGUGUCGUGUCGCACAAUUACAGAAGGGUUCUUUUGAUGUCCUGAGGAAAAAUCGUAAUUCGCCUGAAUCUUCACAAACCACCCUCACAGUUCCAGUGUCCUUGCGAGCGGCAACAACCAGCAGCAGAAUUCUAGCUCGGCCUCCUUCUCCCGCCUCACUUCUCCCGGCGUACCGCCCAGCAAGUCCGGACAAGGCGGCUACUACGUUAUGUACGACGAGCCCUCGGGGAACAAAACGGUGGCGCAGCGGUUUCUCACGACGCAGAGCCAGUGGUUGCAGAAGGUUCGGUACCGGCAGGAGCUCCGGAACCUGGAAGCGGAGCAUGAGAGGAUGCGGGAGUGCGUCUUCGAACCGAACAAGGGCAGGGGAAAAAAUAGUGCUGCAGGAGGAGGAGCUGCAUCAGGAGGUGGUGGUCAGAAGUCCUCGAACAGCAAAGGAACUACAUCAGCGAACAACAAUUCAUCAUCUUCUGCAGCGCAACAUUCUACGGGCAGAAACUCCACGUCCUCAAAAGACUUGCGGAAGCAAAGCAGAGACGACUUUCUGUACAAGAUGCAGAUGGCGCAAUUGCAGGAGAUGAAGAGCAUCGAGCAGGCCACCGCGAGUGCGAGGAAACGAGAGGGAUACGACGCGGAGCUCGCUGCACAGGUGCAACAUGAUCAAGGGGUCGCUGGGGGGAAUAGCGGAAAUCUGAUCAUGGAGGUAAAAUACUUGUGAGGAAUUACUUCGUAUAAAAGUUCAAUUCCAAUCUUGAAGUUGAACGUGUUAGUUAGGGAACUGCAGCACUCUCACUCUUCGUAGUUACAAUGCAGAUUGAAGCAAGCUGUGAGUCUGCGUGGUUCGAUGCGCGAAAAAAACUAAAACCCUGCUCCGACUUUCAACAGACCAGCAUUGCGUCCGGCAAUUCCUACAUCGAAGCGCGCAAGGCGGAAGCGGUGGCUGCAAGAUUGGAACAGGAGAAGAAGGAGAUGGCCGAGUGCACGUUCCGCCCCAACCUCCGGCUCAGUCAGCAGAGCUACCGCUGCUACCGGCCGUUCGCAGACAGCACGGGAGUAGAACGGGCAAGCUCUUCGUCCUCCAGUAGGUUCAUGCAGAGACGGAACAACGAUCUUAGUUUCAGACCCCGGAGCAGGAUAGGAGGGGAACAAAUGAGUUACAAUGGCACUGCGGUGACGUUUGAUCCCAACCGACCUGGUCACGAGAGGUUUGUUUCAACAACUUCUUCGCAGCAGGACGGGGGUCGGGGUGCUAAUCCGGCGGCGCGCACGAUUGACUUCGACUUGCAGAAAAUUGCGAGAGAAGAAGGGUUUUACAAUUUGAACAACCUGCUAGACGAAGAAGACCUGGCGCUCGCGUCCAUGCAACUCUAUCACCCGGAUAGCACGACGAUGGAAAAUUUGAAUUACGGCGGAGGUGGUUUGCAGAAGACAGCAAUGGGGGCGGACGUUGCAGCCUACGGAGGUGCGAGAAGCCGAGGACGAAUGCGCGAUAUUGGAACAAAUGGCGACGGGUUUAUUGUUGGUGACCAGGAAGAACUGUAUGCAGCAGGGGAGGAGAACUAUCAGCUGCAAAACCACACCGCCACCUCGAACAGCAUCAGGUCCUACCGCAAUGCAUCUCCACCGGAGAAGUUUUCUUUUCGCCCAAAAGUGAACGAGCUCCCGGAGGGUUUUCACGCGGCGAAAGUGUACACGGAGACCAACGUUUUCAAACGCCUGGCGGGAAUCAACGAGUCGCCGCCGCCGGGAGCGGAAGAUGAAUUCUUUACGCCGCCACAGGUACUCUUUGAGUUUGGUGAUGUAGUUCUUCAACUUCUUCGUUGUUUUGCAUAGUAACCAAAUUGAUGUUACUCUUGGUGUUGGUCGAUUUGCAUGACAGAGUGAGAUUCUAUCUCUAAAAAAAACUUUCUAUACAGGCCUUCCUGAACCGUCGCGCGCGGGAGCAACAGGAGGAGGAGUCCCGAGAGGAAAGGUUCGUCAGCGAACGAGAGAGGGCCGAAACGUACCGACAGUUCCUGCGUCGACAGAACGAAAAACAGUAUGAAAAGGAGGACCGUAUGGAGGAGCUGGAAAAGAAAUACUUCGGCCAGGAGCGGUUUCAGCCGAGUAUAAAUCCGAAUUCGCGGAAGAUCGCCUUGAACAACACAAAACGGAACUCUUACAAUCCCCAGGUCGCCGCGGGGACGACCGGACCCAGUAGCAGCAGCAACAGCAACAGUUUUAACGGUGGCCCUCGUGGGAUAAACAGUUCUUCCUUCCUGAACAACCUCGACAAUAGCGACGUGCAAAAAACUUGCUACGGCGACAACAGUAACCUGGACGGGACGAAAAUGUCGCUCGGUCGGUCUCUACAAUUCAACGCCGUGCAAAAACGACUGGCAAGCGAACAGGGCGGUUUAUUAGGUGGUCUUCCAGGCGGAGGACAUGAAAAUGUAAACACUUCUACUUCCAACCGCACGCUUCUUGAACGGGAAGAAAGACGGAUGUUCGGAAAGGAUAACAGCCAAAACGUGUUCGCCAGUGUGUUGGAGGAGGAGGAUGAGAGGAGGUUGAACCAGCGAAAUAAAAACGGGAUGUUGAAUGCGGCAGGAGGAUCUUCUUCCAACUCCCGCUCGAAUUCCGCCUCCCGCACCUGGCACGACGAGCAACCGUGUCUGCGCGACCAGUACGUUUUGAAACAGAUGCUAUGCGUUGCAAAAGUAUCGUACUCGUACUAAUCGCAAUAAUGCAUGACAAAUCUAGUUUCUAAACCUGAAUCUGCAUGAAUAACAAGACCCACGCGUGGGGACAGGGUCCCCACGCUGGGGCCUUGUGCCCGCCCCUAGUGGCGCUAGUGGGGGAAGGGUGUUCGCCAUCGGGGCGGACAGCGUCCGCCCCUCGCCUCACACCAGGCGCGCGCAUAGUGACUUAGUGCGCGAAACGCUAGUGGGGGAGGGGUGUUCGCCAUCGGGGCGGACAGCGUCCGCCCCUCGCCUCACACCAGGCGCGCGCAUAGUGACUUAGUGCGCGAAACGCUAGUGGGGCAAGGGUGUUCGCCAUCGGGGCGGACAGCGUCCGCCCCUCGCCUCACACCAGGCGCGCGCAUAGUGACUUAGUGCGCGAAACGCUAGUGGGGGAAGGGCCCUCACCUGUCGCGGCCACCUGUCGCGCCCACCUGUGAUGGCCACCUGUCGCGGUCACCUGUCGCGGUCACCUGUCGCGGUCACCUGUCGCGGUCACCUGUCGAGGUCACCUGUCGAGGUCACCUGUCGAGGUCACCUGUCGCGGUCACCUGUCAAGGUCACCUGUCGCCGGGGGUAUGCGUUACCAGAACCCGGAAGUCAAGCAAUGUAAAUAUUAAUUGCACUUUGCUUCUUGGCAAAAUUUGUCAUGUGAGUCAUACUAGUACGAUACUUUUGCAAUGCAUAGAUGCAGGACAAGAACAAAAUACCGCCCACCGUGGACCACGCCUUUCACCCGACCAUCAACGCGAAGUCGAGCAAGAUCGCGAAUAGAAAAUCGUUGCACGAGUUGUCGUAGGAACUGUAAAAGUAACGUACUCAUAUAAAGUGCAUUACAAAUUUUGGCAAGAAGAAAAGUGGAAUUUAUGAAUGCUGUUUUACCUUAGGAGGGAGAUUUGUCAUGCAUAUUUGCAAUUAGUACGAAUGCGGUACUUUUACAGUUCAUAUGUCUGUGGGGGAUCUGGAGCGGAAACGCGAAAAGGUGAAACAGUUGAAGGAGCUAUCCUGUGCAAAAGUAUCGUACUCGUAUUGCAAUCAUGCAUUACAAAUUUCUUUCUCAAGUCAAAUCCGCAUUACAAAUUUUAUUUCUCAUGCUGAGAAAAUUUGUAAUGCAUUUAUACGAGUACGAUACUUUUGCAGUUCAUAGGAGCAGCGGGACAGCAAAUAUCAAACGUAAAUAUGUCCUGGUCUGGAAGGAUCCGAACUUGUGAUGUGUGUUUCGGAUCCUACAAAGAUCUGUGAUGCAUAGCGUGCAAAAGGUGCCCACUCCUGGCCAUGCUGAGAGGGCAUUUCUCAUGCAGAAUACGCAUCACCAAGGAGCUGCAGAACCUGUGAUGCUAGGCCCUGCAUUCCAGACGUCGGGGAGCUUGGAACAACUGCAUGACCACAAAUCUCGGAAUCUCCCAGACCCAAACAUAUUUGCAUCUGAUAGCAAAGAAUUCGAGACGAUCAUCCAGACGAAGGUGGACACAGAAGCGAAAUUAAAAAAAGCGAAGCAGUACGACGCGGUGGAGCCCCGGACGCAACCGUACCGGAGCUACUACAUCAACCAACUGCGGGAGAAGCAUAUGAAAUGCAAAAGCAUCGUACUAGUAUAAAUCGCAUGACAAAUCCCCUCAGCACGAAAAGUGGAAUUUGUAAUGCGGAUUUAGGUUAAGAAGGAGAUUUGUAAUGCAUGACUACGAUUACUACGAGUACGAUACUUUUGCACAGGAUAAAGCAGCAGAAAGUAGACGAAAAAAGGGAAAAGGACAAGCAGCAAAGGGAGGAAAAGGAACUGAAAGAGUGUAUCCUGAGUAAAAAUGACCCCACACCAGAGUCAAGAUGGGAAAUCCGCUAGACAAAUUAGCCACCCCUGGUUGUUUCGCAUGACAAGUUUAUCCUCGUAGCGUAGUCCUGUUUAGCUACUUCCGAAGCAUUACAGAUGUAGCGCGUCAUGCUGAUUCUAGCAUCAGAAAUUCCAAAACAGGAUUAGAUAGAAAAUGGCUCUCUUGGGGCUUCGCAUGAGAAACUUUUUUGGCAUGCAGAUUUGCAUGACAACUCUGGGGUGGGGACAUUUUUACUCAGGAUAGAGUGCCGGUUCCAGCCAAAACUUGUCGCGGAAAACUACUUCAAGAAGUUGGUCAACAGCGGCGCGCACUACAACAGUAGUUCUAACUUGGGAGCAGGAGGUCCAGGUGGUGGUGGUAAUUUGGGUCAACAGCAGCAACAGCCGUCGCGGAGUUUGUUUCUAAAACCACCCGCGAUGCCCCCGAACGGUUCUGCAGCUGGUGCUGCCACGAUGCUGCGGUCGUCAAAAGGCUCUUCUGUCACGAACAACAUCGGAACGACAGACGCUGGCUCGUCUGCGGCGGGGGAGGUGAUGCAGGAGGAGCAUAACCGCGACUCAAGAGAAACUACUGCACCGUUCGUUAUGGGAGGUGGAGCACAAAAUAGCCAUGCGGAGAGUGGAGGGGCGGCGAAUGUUGGUACUGGUAUGUCUUUACUGCUGUGCAAGUGCAGAUUUUUGCGCUUUUUGAAAAUGCAAGGAGAAUCAUGCAUGGUCUGUGCAUGAUAAAGACAUGAAAAUUCUUCAACUUCAAAUCAAGUUGUACGAUACGAGAUGAAAACAAUUUACAGGGACUAGCAGCACCGCAAAUAAUCGCAGAAACGGUCCUCCCCCCAUCGAAGGCGUCAUGGGCUAGGCAAGACACUCGGAUGGACGAGCUGGUACUAGUAAGGAGAAAAAUGCACAACGAUGAAGAAAUUUGGUCUAGAUAGAAGGCAUCGAUGUCGCAAAAAUGAAAAGUUGAAAAUCUUUUUGAAAUAGCACAGAUUCGUGGAGGAGCGGCAUACAACGCUUGCCGCUGACAAGUCUAACCACACUGAACAAAUAAAGAGAUUAUCGCGAAGCUAGAAGAAGAAGUCAACAAGAAUCUGGUAAACCACACUGAACUUUUUCGCAUUUUUUGUCGCCAUAGAAAAUUAGACGCAGAAUUAGUCACGGAAAAAAUGGCAGCACGCCCAGCGCUGCAGUGACUGACGAUUGGAAGUAAAGAGAUUGCGCAAAAACUUCUGGCCCAUUUUGGGGGCGUUGAGAACAAAAUCAAAAUCGUAAAAAAUUUGGACGAGCUGAAUCUGUUGUACCUACAAUGGGCUUGGUAUUGUAUUUCUGAU